GCAGGCGCCGGCGCGCUAGCCCACGUGCCGCGCUGAGAGAGGGACAGGGAGAGGAAGAAGGAGAGGGAGUGAGAGGCAGCCAGGAAAAGAGGGGCGCACGACCCCGCUGCCGCUCGGCGCAGCCCCUGCGCCCCACCUGCUGGGACCUCGACGAGGAAGGACCCCGACCCAGAGGAAGGCUGUGGAGAUCUGGGCUGUCUGCUGUCGCCCUGGGAGUUGGCCUGAUACAUGUGCACCACGCAGUGAUCAUUAUCCCCUAAAUUAGGCUCCACAGAGAUUGGGGACAUGCCAUUGACCCUGUUGCAGGAUUGGUGUCGGGGGGAACAUCUGAACACGCAGAGGUCCAUGCUUAUCCUGGGGAUUCCUGAGGACUGUGGUGAGGAUGAAUUUGAGGAGACUCUCCAGGAUGCUCUCAGGCACCUGGGCAGGUAUAGGGUCAUUGGCAGGAUGUUCAGGAGGGAAGAGAAUGCCCAAGCAUUUCUCUUGGAGCUUGCCCAAGAUAUUGACUAUGCUUUGAUCCCCAGGGAAAUACCCGGAAAGGGAGGGCCCUGGGAAGUGGUUGUAAAACCUCGGAACUCAGAUGGGGAAUUUCUCAAUAGACUGAACCGCUUCUUAGAGGAGGAGAGGCGGACAGUGUCAGAUAUGAACAGAGUGCUUGGAUCAGACACCAACUGCCCUGCUCCAAGAGUGGCCAUAUCACCUGACUUCUGGACCUGGGCCCAGACCCUGGGGGCAGCAGUGCAGCCUCUGCUAGAACAAAUGUUGUACAGAGAACUAAGAGUCUUUUCUGGGAACACUGUGUCCAUCCCAGGGGCGUUAGCCUUUGAAGCCUGGCUUGAGCACACCACUGAGGUGCUACAGAUGUGGCAGGUGCCUGAGGGUGAAAAGAGGCGGCGGCUGAUGGAAUGCUUGCGGGGCCCUGCUCUGCAGGUGGUCAGUGGGCUCCGGGCCAACAAUGCUGCCAUAACUGUGGAGGAGUGCCUGGCAGCCCUGCAACAGGUAUUUGGACCUGUGGAAAGUCGUAAAAUCGCCCAUGUGAAAUUUUAUAAGGCCUAUCAGGAGGUGGGAGAGAAAGUCUCCAGCUUUGUGUUGCGUUUGGAACCCCUGCUCCAAAGAGCUGUAGAAAAAAAUGCAGUAUUGCGAAGGAAUGUGAAUCAGGCUCGCCUGAAACAAGUCUUAAGUGGGGCUACCCUUACUGACAAACUUCGAGACAGGCUUAAGUUGAUGAAACAGCGAAGGAAACCACCUGGUUUUCUGGCACUGGUGAAGCUCCUGCGUGAGGAGGAGGAGUGGGAGGCCACUUUUGGUCCAGAAAGGGGGAGGCUACAGGGGCUGGAUGCAGGAGUAAGGGCAUCUGCCAGAGCCAAUGCUCUCAGAGCAGUGUCUUUUGCUGCCCCUGGCAGCACUCUUCAGGCCAGGCCUUCCCAAGGUUCCCGGCGCAGGAGAGGCAGAGGACAGCAUCGAAGGGGGCGUGUGCUAAGGGCCAGCUCCCGAGGUUCAGGAAAACGGAAACAUCACACAUUCUGCUAUAGCUGUGGAGAAGAUGGCCACAUCAGGGCACAGUGUAGCAACCCUCCAAACCCGCUCUUGGUAAAGCAGAAGAGACAGGCUGCAAUGGAGUCGGGAAAUGGGAACAGGGCUUGGGAAAAGAGCCAUCCCAAGCCCAAAGCCAAGUAGGCUCAGGAGAACAGGGCACCUCUUCUUAUUUCAGGCAGAGGAAACAAAAGAGAUAUUGGAAAAAGGGAAAGGGGCAGCCCACAGAAACAGCAGGGGACUUGAGUGGGGUAGAGGGGCAAAGAAGCCAUGCCCAGGCUGAGCCCCCUCAUCCUCUACCAGAUGAAAAAGACUCCACUCACCAAGCUACAUGGGACUCAGUGAAGGCCAACAGUGCACUGAAGAGGUGCCAGAGACACAACUGGGGGGUUGCCCCACCCAGCACAUGGGGUGCACCAGCUGCAGGCAAAGACCCCAACACAGCAGAGGCUGAAGAAAGUAGAGCUGGGGACUCAUUCAUCAGCCCCAUCAUCUGGCCACCCCCAAAUGCCCACCCUGUGGGCUCUGAGCUAAAGAUGCCAACUGGCCCGCAGGCCAUGUGGGGCCUGGAGGAGCCUUCCCCAGGACCAGCCCUGCCUGAAGGAGUCAUCUCAGGCAAAGAAGAGCUGUACAACAGACAGGUAAUGCCCCAGACAGGAGGCCACAUGGUCCAGCCUGUUUUCAAGAUUAUCUAUCUACACUAUUCUAGGGGACCCCCAGGAAGGCAGAACCCUCAAGCCCCUGCACAAGUGAGGGCAGGAGAACCAAAGGCUCUGGGAGCCUAGCACCAGCCUACAGGCAGUUUCCUUCUGCUGCAGCCUGGAAGGGCUAUAGGGGCAAGGAGAGCAAAAACUACAAGGAGAAGAUCCUUGGGCCAGAGCUUCAGCUCAGCCUGGCAGGUGGGAGUACUGGUACUUGGUGGGCCAGUACCUCACAGCUGGCUUUGGUGUGAGUGAGUGUGUAGCAGAGAAACUUUGGUUCCAAAGCAGGAGGAGGAGGAAGAGGAAGAGAAGGAAGUGGAAGAGGAG